UUCGGAGAAACGAAAACGUCGAUCGUCACAACCUUCCUCCUCCUGCUCUUCCUCUUUCUCUAAUCGGCAAAAUUUUCUGCUCCUGAGAAACAAACAGAUACUAAAGAUGGAAUCUUUGAACUAACUUCGAAACCUUUUAAUGGGUACUGAGUCGGGUUCGGAUCCGGAAUCGAGUUCAAACGGUUGGAGCCGUGCUCGUGGUCUAGUGGUCAAGACUCUGGUUUUAAUUGGCGGUGCUCUUCUCAUCAAGCGUCUCACUAAAUCCACCACUCGUAGAGAUCACGCUCGUGUCGUCUCUCGUUCUCUCACCGGAGAGAAGUUUACAAGGGAGCAAGCGUCAAGAGAUCCUGAGAAUUACUUCAACAUAAGAAUGCUGAGUUGUCCUGCUGCUGAAAUGGUGGAUGGUUCAGAGGUUUUGUAUCUCGAACAGGCAUUUUGGAGGACUCCACAGAAACCGUUUCGACAAAGAUUAUAUAUGGUUAAACCGUGUCCGAAAGAGCUAAAAUGUGAUGUCGAGGUAAGUUCAUAUGCGAUCAGAGAUGCUGAGGAAUACAAAAACUUUUGUGACCGACCUAAGGACCAACGCCCACUUCCUGAAGAAGUUAUUGGUGAUAUUGGGGAGCAUUUGACAACUAUACACCUCAAUUGUUGUGACCGUGGGAAACGAUGCUUGUACGAAGGCUCAACUUCACCUGGUGGAUUUCCAAAUUCAUGGAACGGGGCUAGCUAUUGUACUUCAGAUCUUGCAGUUCUUAAAAACAAUGAGAUACACCUCUGGGAUCGCGGCUUUGAUGAGAAUCGAAACCAGGUUUGGGGACCAAAGGAAGGACCGUACGAGUUCAAGCCAGCGACAUCAUCCAGCAUCAACGAAAACUUGUCUGCUUUGAACAUCCUUUAUCAAUCUUCAAUUGAUAAACCAAUCCAAGGGUCCCUCAUCUUGCAAGAUUAGCCAAUUUUCACUCCUUUUCUAUUGUCUAAUCUCCUCUGUAUCACACUUAGCCUCUUUAUUCAUCUCAUCUCAGCCACUUUCAAUAUAGUUUUGGUACAUAGAAAGCUCAAUACUUUACUUCAUUACAGUGGUUAACAAGUCGAAGAUGAAUGUUUAUACAAAACAAAAAUAUGAUUUCAAAA